CCCCGGUCCGCCCCCGGGUGAUGUCACAUCUGCUGUGCUGACAGUGAGAAGAAAUCUCCGGGGUUCGGGGCAGAGAGGGUCAUAUGACCCGGGAGCAGCUAUGAAGGUCAGCGCUUGUGUAAAGACGGGAGAUCUCUGAGAAGCAGUGAAGGGAUGUGGUUAGCCUCGAGUGGCAAGGACCAAGAGAGACACGGCGGGCUCGGAGGUGGAAGAAGCGGGGUGGAGAACAAAGGCUGGAAAGUGGCCGAUCUUUGCUCCGUAGUGUAAGAGCGAGGCUGGGGCUGCAUGAGCGUAACACGUGAUAACAGGGGGAACCAUAUCCUGCGCUCUUCAGGGCGAUCCUUCCUGUGCAUCGCUGUCAUCCGCUGACCCAUUCUGUGAUGGCUCUGUGUCAGUGUACAGUGAAGCACAGUGAUUCUGACAUGGAGGGCUGUACAUUCAAUGGAGCUGGGCUCAGAGUUUACCUGUACUGGAGCAAUGGAAAGGAGCACUAUGUCAGCUUUACCCAGACUGUGACCACUGCGGAGGAGAUCUGUAUUCAUAUCGCACAGAGGCUCGGAAUUACUCCUCUCUGCUACACUUUAUUUGCUCUGUAUGAUGUCCAAGAAAAACACUGGUAUCCUCCCAAUCAUCAGUUCAACAUUACCAAAGAAAUGAAACUGCUUCUCCAUUUUAGGAUGAGGUACUAUUUCAGGAACUGGCACGGCAUGAAUGAGAAGGAGCCCAUAGUCUGUCGCAAUGUGCCUAAAGUCAGCGACAGUAGCGAAGACAAGAGCCGGGCUGAGCAGACUGGGGCUAUCCUGGACUUGGCAUCAUUUGAGUAUUUGUUUGAACAGGGAAAAUUUGACUUUGUGAAUGACAUUGUGUCAAUGAAGGAUUUUCACUCCGAACAGGAUGUUCAUAAGUUUAAAAAUGAGAGCCUAGGAAUGGCUGUACUGCACCUGUCUCACAUUGCCAUUAAGAAGAAAGUAUCUUUGGAAGAAGUAGCCAAGCAGAUCGGCUUCAAGGAGUGUAUUCCAAAAUCAUUUUGCCACCAGAUCCAGCAGAACAACUACCUUACCAAGUACCGCAUGAGGAAGGUGUUCAAGAAGUUUGUCCGUCAUUUCCACCUCCAUACGGUGAGCCCCGGCAAGCUGAGCAUGGAGGACGUCAUGUACAAGUACCUGUCCACGCUGGAAAACUUGGCACCUAAGUUUGGCUGUGAGAUUUUCAGGGCUCUGUCCUUAGAACUGCCUAAAGAGGAUGAGAAACUUUCACUUUAUGUCAAUGGGGGUUAUAUGGACCACACAGAAUGUACCAGCAAGGAACCAACUGCCACUCACCAGGUGAUGGUGAGGGGGAUGGAAGGCAUCAGAUGGCGGGUCAUGAGAGAAGAGGAGCUGCUGGAAAGCGUCGGUCAGAGAAGUUACUUCGGUAAGAAGAGUCGAGGUAAAGGACAGAAGGCUGGUAAGCCGGUGACCAGGUCAGAACCCAGUGCACCCAAGUGGAAUCACUUCUGUGACUUCCAGGACAUCACUCACAUUGUCGUCAGCCAGAGUAGAGUCAGCCUCAACUGUCAAAAUAACCAGUGCCUGGAAAUACUUCUGCCUUCGUAUGAAGAAGCCUUGUCUUUUGUGUCUCUUGUGGAUGGUUACUUCCGGCUGACCACAGACUCAAACCAUUACCUGUGUCAUGAGGUGGCACCUCCACGUUUGGUGAUGAGCGUAGCGAAUGGGAUUCAUGGACCCCUACAGGAGCAAUAUGUUGUCCAGAAGCUGAAACGAGAGGAGCAAGUGGAUGGUUUGUACGUCAUUCGAUGGAGUGCAUUUAACUUCAACAGGCUUAUUAUGACGGUGAAAGGAUCAAACCAGGGUAAAAUCUUCAGCUACAGACAAUUCAGAAUAGAUAAAGUGGGAGAAUUGUACACACUGGAGCAGUGGGAUCGAGGCUUCCUCAGUGUGAAGGAGCUGACGGAGAACCUACGAGGCUGCACACUGAGGUCUGGAAUGGAGACCUUCCAUGUCAAGCAAUGUAUCCUCCCCAAAUCUGGAGAAGUUUCCAACCUGACGAUCUGUCGGAAGGGGAAGAACAGCAAAGAGAAUGCAGUAUCACGAAACCUGAACUUGAGCCAGCUGAGCUUCCAUCAGAUCCGCAAACAUGAAAUCUCACAGAAAGCCCAUUUGGGUCAAGGCACUCGCACAAAUAUCUAUGAGGGGGUUCUGAUGGUGAGCGGUGGUGGAGACGAGGACUCGGAAUAUGAGUCCAGUGAGCUGAACAACAACUCGCGGGAUUUAAGAGUGGUCCUGAAAGUGCUGGACCCCAGUCACCAAGACAUAGCGCUGGCUUUCUUUGAGACUGCAAGUCUAAUGAGCCAAGUGUCUCAUAUCCACCUGGUGUUUGUCCAUGGAGUCUGUGUGCGGGAGGCCGAGAACAUCAUGGUGGAGGAGUUUAUUGAACACGGGCCGUUGGAUGUCUGCUUACGCAAAGAUAAACAUCUGAUCACAACAGGUUGGAAGUUCACUGUCGCUAGACAGCUGGCCAGUGCUUUGAGUUACCUGGAAGAUAAGAAUUUGGUCCAUGGAAAUGUCUGUGCGAAUAACAUCCUACUGGCCAGGAAAGGCCUAGAAGAUGGAUCUUCUCCGUUCAUUAAACUCAGCGACCCAGGCGUGACCUUCACAGUGCUGUCCAGAGAGGAGCGUGUGGACAGAAUCCCAUGGAUUUCACCUGAGUGCGUUCGAAAUAUCGCCACUCUCAGUACCGCUGCUGACAAAUGGAGUUUCGGGACUACCUUACUGGAAAUAUGUUUUAAUGGGGAAGUUCCUUUGAAGGAAAGAACACCUCCUGAGAAAGAACGGUUUUAUGAAAAGGAGUUGGGCCUCCCUGAACCAUCCUGCAAAGAGUUGGCGGAUCUGAUUGGACAAUGUCACAAUUACAACCCCUCAGGAAGACCCUCCUUCCGGACAAUCCUCCGAGAACUAACACAACUGCAGCCCCAGGAUCUGUCCGACAUUGCCUCCAUCAACCCCGAUUUCUCCAUCGCAGACCCCACAGUGUUCCAGAAGAGAUACCUGAAAAAGAUCCGGGAGUUGGGAGAGGGACACUUUGGGAAAGUAAGCCUGUAUUGCUAUGAUCCGAAUAACGAUGGUACAGGGGAGAUGGUGGCUGUGAAAUCUCUCAAGUCCGGCUGCAGUCAGCAGCUGGAGACCAGCUGGAAAGGAGAAAUUAAGAUUCUGAAGACCCUUUACCAUGAAAACAUUGUCAAAUACAAGGGACGCUGCAGUGAGCAAGGAGAUAAGAUUGUCCAGCUAAUAAUGGAGUAUGUCCCUCUGGGGAGUCUCCGGGAUUACCUACCCAAGCACAAUGUGAGCCUGGCACAAAUAUUACUCUUUGCUCAGCAGAUCUGUGAGGGGAUGGCUUACCUCCACACCCAGCAUUACAUACACCGCGAUCUUGCAGCACGAAAUGUUUUGGUGGAGAAUGAGAAUGUGGUGAAGAUCGGGGACUUUGGACUGGCCAAAGCGGUGCCUGAAGGCCAUGAAUAUUACAGAGUAAGGGAGGACGGUGACAGCCCCGUGUUCUGGUACGCCGCUGAAUGUCUUAAAGAAUGUAAGUUCUUCUAUGCCUCGGAUGUCUGGUCAUUCGGAGUGACUCUGUAUGAACUUCUGACUCGCUGUGACUCCUAUCUUAGCCCCCCGGCUAAAUUCAUAGAGAUGAUUGGCGUCACUCAGGGACAGAUGACGGUGGUUCGACUGAUUGAUCUGCUGGAUCGAGGUCAAAGGUUGCCAUGUCCAAAUGACUGCCCUAUGGAGAUUUACAAACUGAUGAAGGACUGCUGGGAGACGGAAGCCAAUUUCCGACCCUCGUUUCCUAAUCUUAUCCCCAUUCUGAAAUCUUUCCGUGCCACAUACAGCACUCCCGCCCCAUCUGUGUUCAGUGUGUGCUGAUGAAAUGCCAAGCUUUGCUCAGAUGAAGGAAUAUGCAAGUACUGAACCUCAAUCUGCAACGUGACACGCUACUUACAAAGCGUAGGAAAUAUGCAGCGGUGUGCAAUCUGUCAUCCCGUACAACCGACCAAUGACUAUUGGAGGCAAAUUCUGAAGACAGCGGUGUACGAAUUGUGUUUUUUUUUUUUUUUUUUUUUUUUGUUUUUUUUAGUCACUGGAACAGUGUUAACCACUUUACCAAUGUAACAUAUACCCCCCCCCCCCCCUCAACCUUGUUCACUGUAUUCAAUCCUGGGUUAUGACCCAAUGGGAUCGAUUCCAUGGGUCGGCCAGACAUGCGACUGAACGUUAUACGGUGCAUCUGUUACCAAAUUUGAACUUUACAACUGUGAACUUGUGGAAGUUUUGUUUACUGCUCCGCGGCUAGAUGAAGUCGCAGCUUCAGUUUUUUUUUUUCUUGCACAGAGAUGCAGGUUUUAUGUUUGCAAUGCAUGUUAAAUGUCUAAAGCAAAAUGUAUGCUGAAAUGAUUGUGCAAUAAUGCAGUAUUUUAAAUAACUAUAUAUCUGUUUGUUCUAUGAUAAAUCAACCUGUGGCAUUUCGACUGUUUUGAGUCUACAAGAAGCAGCAGGCUCUGCCAGUCAUUGGCUUGUAGGCCCAGAAGAGCUAAAUUGCCAUAGGCUGCUUGUCUCUGCCUUGACCUGUACUUUCCAAUGAAGCCUUAACAGCCUGUGAAGGCUAUUGGACCCCUAAUGUCUCCCCAGCCCUCUGCUGAAGCUGAUCAAGAACAGACUGCUCAGCUGAUUACCUAGCCACACUGACAGCUCUAGAAGAACCUAGAAGUGCUGAGAGGUGGCUGCAUCCAGUGUCCUUCAUUGAACAGAAGAUCAGAGAAUGGAUUUUCCCUCUAUCUGCUUCCGCUCGUCAUCCUGACCAUGUUUAUUGUGGUGCCGAGCUCCCAUGGCAGGGAGCACCAUGGCUAAGUAGUUAGCACUUCUGCCUGGCAGCACUGGGGUCGUUGGUCCCAACCACGGCACUACCUGCCUGGAGUUUGCAUGUUCUCUCUGUACCUGCGCGGGUUUUCCCUGGGUACACUGGUUUCCUCCGACACUCCAGACAUGCUGGUAGGUUAAUUGGCUCCUGUCUGAAUUGGCACUAGUAUGUGUAUAAAUGGGAGUUAGGGACCUUAGAUUGUAAGCUCCUUGAGGGCAGGGACUGAUGUGAAUGUACAAUCAAUAUGUAUAGUGUUGUGUAAAUUGAUAGCGCUAUGUAAGUACCUGUAAUAAAACAAAAAACAAAAUGUGGGUGGCGGAGAGGGUCAUCGCACAUUGAUCUAAAACCAUAGCAGCCAGGAGCUUGUUGUAACCCCCUACAUUGCCAUUACAUGUGGUACACGUCACUGGCAGUGAAAGAGUUAAACUGUGCUUUAAGCAGAUGUAAAAACACCAAUCAAUGCAAUUGUGUGCUCCUUUUUAGAAGGAGAAAAAAAGUAUUUACAUGUAUUUUUUAAGUUAAACUAGUGCAAGUCCCUUAUUUUAACAUUGUGUCAGCCUCUUGUAUUUCCCUGUAUAGCAGCACCCAGACUGGGAGAAGGAAGCAAAGCACUUGGGGCCAGUCAGUUCUUCUGCCGUGCACAUGAGCUUGCAAGGAAUAUUCUGAAAGGAAGAGCGAGAGAGACUAGGGACUUCCUUUCCUUCAUUCUCCAAUCACAUACUUGGAACUUCCUUUCCUUCAUUCUCCAAUCACAGACUUGGAACUUCCUUUCCUUCAUUCUCCAAUCACAGACUUAGGACUUUCUUUUUUUUAUUCUCCAAUCAGACUAGGGACUUCCUUUUCUUCAUUCCUUCAUUUUCCAAUCGGACUAGGGACUUCCUUUCCUUCAUUCUCCAAUCACAGACUUGGGACUUUCUUUUUUUCAUUCUCCAAUCAGACUAGGGACUUCCUUUCCUUCAUUUUCCAAUCACAUACUUGGAACUUCCUUUCCUUCAUUCUCGAAUCACAGACUUGGGACUUUCUUUUUUUCAUUCUCCAAUCAGACUAGGGACUUCCUUUCCUUCAUUCCUUCAUUCCUUCAUUUUCCAAUCAGACUAGGGACUUCCUUUCCUUCAUUUUCCAAUCGGACUAGGAACUUCCUUUCCUUCAUUCUCCAAUCACAGACUUGGGACUUCCUAUCUUUCAUUCUCCAAUCAUAGACUAGGGACUUCCUUUCAUUCAUUCUCCAAUCAGACUUUGGAAUUACCUCUCCUCCUUCAUUGUCCAAUCACAGACUUGGGACUUCCUUUCCUUCAUUGUCCAAUCACAGACUUGGGACUUCCUUUCCUUCAUUG